AUGGAACACCAAAAGCUAUCUCAUUGCGAGAAUCACCAGCAGAAGAGCAAGUGCAAGAAGCUCGAGAGUAACAACACGAAAGGAACCCCACCAGUGUAG